GACCUUCUCCCUCGAACCUUUCUCCCUCCUCGCCAUCCAACCCCACCCUUUGCAACGCCAAUCUAGCUCUUCUCAAUGUCGGAAACCACUCCUUUUGAUCCAAGCGAACACACCCACAGACGGUACAAUCCUCUCUCGCGGUCAUGGGUACUCUGUUCGCCUCACCGCACAAAGAGGCCCUGGCAAGGAGCUCAAGAGUCGGCAGAGGUACCUCAGCUCCCUGAGUACGACCCAAAGUGUUACCUCUGUCCCGGCAACGAGCGAGCUACUGGCGAAAAGACGCCUUCGUACAGCUCAACGCAUAUGUUUGAGAACGACUUCGCCGCACUCAAGCCCGAGACUGCUGUUGGUAGACCUCAAGACAUCAACCCACACCCCUUGAUACGCUCCCAACCCGCCAGAGGCAGGUGCUUUGUUAUCUGCUUCAACCCAGCUCACAACCUCACCAUCGCAAACCUGAGCACUCCCCCCUAUUCACCAUCAACGCAUAUCGUACCAAUCAUCGAGGCCUGGAAAGCAGCUUACGCCUCCAUACCGCUAGACAAUCCCUUCGUCAAGUAUAUUCAGAUAUUUGAGAACAAGGGAUCCGCAAUGGGCUGCUCCAAUCCACAUCCUCACGGCCAAGUAUGGAGCUUGGAUUACGUGCCGGAAGAACCUGGUAAGGCGCUCGCCAGCCAGUGGGAGUAUGCACAGAAUCCGAGCAAUGACAGGGAAGGGGAUCCCAAGAGCGUAAACGGACGUCCGAACCUGCUUCUCACAUACGCCAAAUGGGAAAUGGACCAGCCUGGGACACCGAGGGUGAUUGCAAGCAACGAAGACUGGAUCGCUGUCAUUCCCUAUUGGGCAGUCUGGCCUUUCGAGGUCCUGGUCCUGCCUCGCUCCGCACACUUGAACCAUCUGCUGGCGUUUUCGUCGGCCCAAGUGCAAUCUUUUGCCGCGAUCAUGGGGGAGGUGACGCUACGAUACGACAACCUCUUCGAAUGCUCGUUCCCGUACUCGAUGGGUCUGCACCAGAGACCGCUGCCACCUCGCAAGGCAUCGUCGCUCAGCGAGGAGCAGAAGAUCGAGGAGCUGCAGUGGGAUGAGGCACAAUUCCACGUGCACUUCUACCCGCCUCUGCUCAGAAGCAAGACAGUCAAGAAGUUUCAAGUGGGCUUUGAGAUGCUUGGAGAGCCUCAAAGAGAUUUGACCGCUGAGCAAGCGGCCAAGCAAUUGAGGGAUGUCGAUACAAAAGAACACUACACCGUCAGGAUCACCAAGGGCGACGCUGGCGCUGCUUAAUCGGAUCGGGCGACGUGCAAGGGGUGCGGAAGUGGCAUACCACCAUCUCUCCGGCGUUUAUCCGUAAAAAAGGCCAUGGCCCCUGCGCUCCACUGUGAUCUUCGAACAUCUACGCGUCGACUCCGCUCGCGUUUGGCGCCAUGUCCCUUGUCGGAAAAUAUUAAGCGUCUUUGCGUCC